UACACAUCUCCUCGACGAGCACGUAUAUAUUCACACCGACACGACGAACGACGAAUCUCUCUCUCUCUCUCUCUCUCCGAGGCACACAUGGAAAAUGUUGUGAAGCGCGUUCCGCGCUGCUUUCCUCCGCACUACAUAGCACCCGGGACUCGACUCACACAAAACUCACGCAAUCGCCGACGUUCGACGUACGUACGUACGUAUACGGUGGUGGUAACUAACGAAACGCCGCCGUUUCACGCACAUGGGAGCAUUCGCGCAUCGGCCUCGGAAAUCGUUCGCUUUCGAAGUGUGUUUGGGCGACGAUUGGUCGUAUCGGUGUACGUUAUGGUAGGUUCACCAGUCGCACACCGCUGCGAGUUGGUACAGCUUUAACGAAUAAGUGUACAGUGGAUGUAGUUUAGCGUUGCCAAUGGUUGUGUCGGGGUAUAGUCAGUGGCAGUGGUAGUAGUAGUGGCGGUCCGUACGCGGCCCGUUGUAUACCGUAGUCGUCAUAUUGCAUAUAGCCUCGUCUCUGUCUGCACUCGGCGGGUCAGAAGCUCCGACACGGUCGCGGGCUGCUGGAUGAAACCGGGGCGUCGGUACGCUGCGUUUGACAGUUUUACUAUCGUCCGAAUAUCCGCGAAUCCGUUGAAGUCUCGACGGUACGUGUAAACGCGCGCGAGGUACCGCUGAAGUGUACGAAGUGUUUUAUUUCCGUAUAAUAAGAAAUCUAAAAUUAAGCCAGUGAAAUCAUCGGCGAUAACGAUGAUUAUCUCUAAUUUUAUCCUGUGCUUCGAUACGUGAUGUUAUUUCAGUGUGGUGUAACGUGUUGGGUGAACAUUGAAAAAUAUCCAUCCAGGAUCUACCUGUCGCUUGGCCAUCCGUAGCGCCGUUUCAUUUAAAUAAUAUCACGUUCCUCGGAUAAACGGCGUACACAUAUUAAGAUUAUUUACACUCGUUCUCGCCUAUCGAUCAGGUGUUGUUUGCACUUCGGCGAAUAUAUCACGGGGCAAUUUCGACUGUGUUAACGCGCUUACAUCUUACGGGUGUCUUGUGGAAAUUCGAGUUCGAUCGAACCCACGUGCUUCGAACGACGACGGUGCCUCGUGCUACGCAAUACAGUCGGCGUGCGGUUAUCAAACAACCUACUACUACUCGGCAGUCGGCGGUGUCCACGGUGUCGCGGUUUACCUAGAUACCUUCGUUCAUUUCUUACGCAUAUCCCGUAAAAUUACACGUCCGGCGAUCGGUUUGCUACCGUACGCUAAAUUUCAUCGCAAAGUUUUUUCCACUCCACAUGUCGUUGGAAACCGCUAUUCAAAACUGACGCUAUCCGACACAGCGUUACUAUCGCUAUCUAACCACCGCGAUGCUUCGCUCCAAUCGUGCUUGAGCGGUAUAUACCCUCGUAACAUGUAUCGCGUCAAGUGUUUGUUUAUUUUUUCUUAAAAAAAAAACAAAAAAAAAAAAACAAAAACAACAUUACGGCAUAUCGCAGUGAUAUGGACGUGUUUGCGAGUACGUCCACCUCGUUCGGCAGCUCGCAUAGCUGUUGCCGCUACUACUCCAUGGCGGAACUCGACAUCUCUUCACCGCCUACUACGGAUCAGGGUGCGGCGUAGCGUCGACAGCCGCGAGCAUCAGAACAGAACAAGAAGGAGCGAUAAUCGUAAUCACCGCGUUGUCCGCAUCGCCUCCACGUACCAUCGUCGUCAAAACAGUAAGCCGUCUUCGGAGUCUCGAUAAUUAUAGCGAAAAGGACGAAGAAGAGGAAGCUUUGAUCUCGUUUCUGGCCGCGACUCGGAGACGAUAGUAACGUGGUUCUGUAUACAGUGAGGCGGUUAAAAUUUUUGUCAAAGUCUCUCGGUAAGUCUCGAAUGUGGUGUUGAAGAGUCAAGUGCGAAUUAUAGAUCCCUUUUUGAAAAUAUAUCUCUCCCACCGAACCCGAGGAGGAGGUUCCCCAGUGAUACUGUACACGCAUCGCGAAGUGGUGAUCCAAUUUUUAAUCGAUGUAUAAAGUGCGUGUGAUUAAAACUCAGUGAAUAGUUCAAAUUAUACGUAUGAUAAGAAAUAUUCGUGUGUGAUAGUGUGCCGAUUGAAAAGAAAAAGAGCAAAAGCAAAGCAAAGAGAAAAAACAAAACAACAAAACAAAACAAAACAAAACAAAAACGGAAGGAAAAAGGUGCGUUCGCGGUGACAGUGAUAGAGUAGCAUGAGUUCGUACUUUGCCAAUCAGUUUGUUCCUGACCUUCGCAAUGGCGGGGUCGAGCACCCCCAUCAGCACCAGCAGCACUACGGGGCUGCCGUUCAGGUGCCCCAACAAACUCAGGGUAUGCAACAGCAGCCCCAGCAAGCGGCUGACCCCUGUGACCCGAGUCUGCUCAGGCAAGGUGUGCCGGGUCAUCAUUACGGAGCGACGGCGGGCCAACAGGGCAUGCCGUACCCCAGGUUUCCGCCAUACGAUCGUAUGGACAUACGGAACGCCGCGUACUACCAGCAGCAACAGGAACACGGCGGAAUGGACGGGAUGGCGGGUUACAGGUCGUCGUCGCCCAGUUCGGCGAUGGGCGGUCACAUGGGUCACACGCCGACGCCGAACGGCAUACCGUCGACGCCGAUCGUUUACGCGAGUUGCAAAUUGCAGGCGGCCGCCGUCGAUCAUCAAGGCGGCGUACUCGACGGACCCGACAGUCCCGACCCCCUCGUCGAAUCCCAAAUGCAUCAUCAGAUGCACCCGCAACACCCCCACAUGCAGGCCCAGCAACCGCCCCUGCAACAACACCAGCAACACAUGCAACAGCAACAGCACAUGAUGUACCAACAACAGCAACAAGGUACCACCCAGCAACAACAACAAGCGACGAUGCAUCCCCAACAACAACAACAACCGCCGCCGCAACAUCAGGGCGUCGUGACGUCGCCGCUCGGACCUCAGCAACAAGGCGCACCUCAGGGUACCGCCGGCGCCAAUUUACCCAGCCCCCUUUAUCCCUGGAUGAGGAGUCAGUUUGAAAGGAAACGGGGUAGGCAAACGUACACGCGAUACCAAACGUUGGAACUCGAAAAAGAGUUCCAUUUCAAUCGGUACCUAACGAGGCGGCGACGCAUAGAAAUCGCCCAUGCCCUCUGCCUCACCGAGAGGCAAAUAAAAAUCUGGUUCCAAAAUAGAAGAAUGAAAUGGAAGAAGGAGAACAAGACGAAGGGAGAACCCGGUUCGGGCGACGGUGACACCGACAUCUCACCCCAGACGUCGCCUCAGGGUUGAACCCCGGACCACGGUGAGCUUCCGCAAAAGAGGUUUCAUCUCUCAGGGUCGCACCUUGUCUUCAGCACUACCUCCUCCCCCCGACCCCCCGACCCCCCGACCCCCCAACCCCCCCCGAACCCCACGAUGACCUCCAAAUGACCCCCACAGCAAUGACGCUUAUCUUGUCGUGUUAAUCAAGUUGCUCGUACCAAAAAACAAAAA